AAUUUUGUCCAGCCUAUCAUGUGAUUGUCACGUCGAAAAAACAAUACAACAAAUAUUAAAAGCAUUUUUAUUAGCUCAAUUGAAAUAUUCGAAGUACUUACCAGAGAUGAGCAACAAAAGCAAGAAGGCAACUCUCGGCGGAAAUGAUGGUAGCCAAAGUAAACUAUCCAAACAGCGUGCACAUGACUCGCAAGACUACAGCGCCUUUAAGGUUGUCCUUUUCUAUUGCUCCCUCAUAGUAUUCCUGCCCGUUAUAACGUUCUUCGCGCUUAAAGGCUUCCUUCUGGAACGCUUCUUCACCAUGUCCGAUAUGAAAGUAAACAUUGGAUCUGCCGUCGGCGCUGUGGCCGCACUGCACAUUGCGCUGGGCGUAUAUAUCUAUCGUGCCUACUUCGGUGAUUCGAAAACGUCCCAGUUUAAAGAAGACUAACUGCGUGGCUGCCGCUUUUAGGGAGCCACGGCUGCGACUGUUACAUAUGUAUCAUUUCCA